AUGGGCAAGCGCAAGAAGAGCACGCGGAAGCCCCAGGGUCCCAAAAAGAACGACCCGCUCCCCACCGUGUUUACCUGUCUAUUCUGCAACCACGAGAAGUCCGUUGCCGUCAAGCUAGACAAGAAGGCCGGCGUUGGAACGCUCAACUGCAAAGUCUGCGGGCAGAAGUUCCAGUGCGGCAUCAAUUACCUCUCCGCCGCCGUCGACGUGUAUAGCGAAUGGGUCGACGCAGCUGAUGCCGUCGCACAGUCUCCCGAGGAACGGCGAGCAGCCUUUGCUGGAAGCAGCCAGGUUCCUACGGGUCGGCGCAUACUGGCGAGCAGGCAAAUAGAUGAGGAGGAGGACAGGAGGUAUGGGGGAGAAGGAAUCGUAGCCGAUGACGAGGGUUACGACUGA